CCCUAUCCCGUUUGGCCGCAGAACUGAUUCGGGUUGAUGGUAUUGUUUAUGCCCGCUGAGCCCCGCCUUUGCUGAUGACGUCGCCUGCCGUGUAUCGCUCGGUUGUUGUGGUGGUAGGCCGUACUGGAGGGGAGUGAGGGAGCCGAUGACCCGGUAGUGAGGAGAAGCGGAGCCCCGUGUCGGCUAUAGAAGGGAGAUGGCGGCCGUGUCCUCCAGGCGCUCAAAGGAGCAACAACAAGUGUCUGUCACAGCGGGACAGCAACCUUCCCCGUCCACCUCACCUCCACCUAGCAGCCUGGCCUCCCCGCCGCUCUCUCCUCCCCGGAGCCCGGAGAUGUUGGCCGCUUGUGAGAGACCAGGCCCGGAUAACCAGCCUGAGGGGGAGUUCAUGCCUAGGCCCCUGUCUCCUCCCCCGGGAGAAGCCGCUGCCGUGUUAUCCCCGGGCACCUUACCUCCAGCCCCGGCCCCCAGCUCGGACAGUAGUAGUAGCUCGUCCUCCUCCAGCCUGUCAUCAGGGGGCAGCCCAGCCGAGAGCCCAGAGAGCGGAGGAGGAGGGCUGGGGCCUGUGGGGGGUCUGAGUGCUGUGAGUGGAGCCUUCCGAGAACUGUUCGAGGCUUGCAGGAAUGGAGACGUGUCCCGGGUCAGAAGACUGCUGGAGCCGGGGAAUGUCAAUGCCAAGGACAUGGCUGGAAGGAAGUCCACCCCGCUACACUUCGCUGCAGGUUUCGGUAGAAAGGAUGUUGUGGAGCAUUUGCUGCAGACCGGAGCGAAUGUUCACGCUAGAGAUGAUGGAGGCCUUAUUCCACUACACAAUGCCUGUUCGUUUGGACAUGCAGAGGUUGUGACCCUUCUGCUUUGCCAAGGUGCAGACCCCAAUGCAAGAGACAAUUGGAACUAUACCCCUCUACAUGAAGCAGCAAUUAAAGGAAAGAUAGAUGUUUGCAUAGUAUUGCUGCAGCACGGAGCAGACCCCAGCAUCCGAAACACCGAUGGCAAAUCAGCUCUGGACUUGGCUGACCCUUCAGCAAAAGCCGUCCUUACAGGAGAAUACAAGAAGGACGAACUCCUGGAAGCAGCCAGGAGCGGGAACGAGGAAAAACUCAUGGCUUUGCUUACCCCUUUAAAUGUGAAUUGUCAUGCCAGUGAUGGACGCAAGUCUACACCUUUACAUUUAGCAGCGGGAUACAACAGAGUCAGGAUUGUACAACUCCUCCUUCAGCAUGGUGCUGACGUUCAUGCAAAAGACAAAGGUGGUCUGGUGCCUCUACAUAACGCUUGCUCCUAUGGACACUUUGAAGUAACUGAGCUGCUUCUCAAGCAUGGCGCUUGUGUUAAUGCCAUGGAUCUUUGGCAAUUUACACCACUACAUGAGGCUGCAUCAAAAAAUCGUGUUGAAGUAUGUUCCUUGCUGCUGAGCCAUGGAGCUGACCCAACACUUGUCAACUGCCAUGGGAAAAGUGCUGUAGAUAUGGCUCCUACGCCAGAGUUGAAGGAGAGAUUAACUUAUGAAUUCAAAGGGCAUUCGUUGCUGCAAGCCGCCCGAGAGGCAGACCUGGCGAAAGUGAAAAAAACACUAGCUUUGGAGAUCAUUAAUUUUAAGCAACCGCAGUCUCAUGAGACAGCAUUGCACUGCUCGGUGGCUUCGUUACAUCCCAAACGGAAGCAGAUAACAGAGUUGUUGCUUCGGAAAGGAGCCAGCGUCAAUGAGAAAAACAAAGAUUUUAUGACACCACUUCAUAUAGCUGCUGAAAGAGCACACAAUGAUGUCGUGGAGGUUUUGCAUAAGCAUGGAGCAAAGAUGAACGCUCUGGAUACGCUUGGGCAGACAGCAUUGCAUAGAGCUGCUUUGGCAGGGCACCUGCAGACCUGUCGUCUCCUGUUAAGCUUUGGCUCAGAUGCAUCGAUCAUCUCUUUGCAAGGAUUUACAGCUGCACAGAUGGGAAAUGAAGCUGUGCAACAAAUUCUAAGUGAGAGCACACCGGUCCGUACAUCAGAUGUUGAUUACAGACUACUUGAGGCUUCAAAAGCUGGAGACUUGGAUACUGUAAAGCAGCUAUGCAGCCCACAGAAUGUAAAUUGCAGGGAUCUUGAAGGUCGUCAUUCAACUCCAUUGCACUUUGCUGCUGGUUAUAACAGAGUUUCUGUUGUGGAAUAUCUACUGCACCAUGGUGCUGAUGUACAUGCCAAAGACAAAGGAGGUCUAGUUCCGUUACACAAUGCUUGCUCCUAUGGACACUACGAAGUAGCAGAGUUAUUGGUGAGGCAUGGGGCUUCUGUCAAUGUUGCAGAUCUCUGGAAAUUUACUCCAUUACAUGAAGCUGCUGCUAAAGGAAAAUAUGAGAUCUGCAAACUUCUGCUAAAGCAUGGAGCUGAUCCAACAAAGAAAAACAGGGAUGGAAACACACCCCUAGACUUGGUAAAAGAUGGUGACACAGACAUUCAGGAUUUGCUGCGGGGAGAUGCAGCAUUACUUGAUGCAGCAAAGAAAGGCUGUUUGGCUAGAGUUCAAAAGCUUUGCACACAGGAAAACAUUAACUGUAGGGAUACCCAGGGAAGAAACUCCACCCCUCUUCAUUUGGCAGCUGGCUAUAACAAUCUUGAAGUCGCUGAAUAUCUCUUAGAACAUGGUGCAGAUGUAAAUGCACAAGAUAAAGGAGGGCUUAUUCCCUUACACAAUGCAGCAUCAUAUGGGCAUGUUGAUAUUGCAGCUUUGUUGAUAAAAUACAACACUUGUGUAAAUGCCACAGAUAAAUGGGCAUUCACUCCUCUCCAUGAAGCUGCUCAGAAAGGAAGGACGCAACUAUGUGCUUUACUUUUGGCCCAUGGUGCAGAUCCCACAAUGAAGAACCAGGAAAACCAGACGCCAUUAGAUUUAGCUACAGCAGAUGAUAUUCGAGCUUUGCUGAUAGAUGCAAUGCCUCCAGAAGCCUUGCCCAGCUGCUUCAAACCUCAAGCAACAGUAGUCAGUGCCUCAAUCAUCUCUCCAGCAUCCACACCCUCUUGUUUGUCUGCAGCUAGUAGUAUUGAUAAUCUGACGGGUCCCCUCACUGACCUUGCAGUUGGAGGAACAUCAAAUGCUGGUGAUGGAGCGGCCGGCACAGAGAGGAAGGAAAGUGAAGUUGCAGGUCUUGACAUUAACAUCAAUCAAUUUUUGAAAAGCCUAGGCCUAGAACACCUUCGGGAUAUCUUUGAAACUGAACAGAUAACAUUGGAUGUACUGGCAGACAUGGGUCAUGAAGAGCUGAAGGAAAUUGGAAUUAAUGCAUAUGGCCACAGACACAAGUUGAUAAAGGGAGUUGAGAGGCUGCUAGGAGGCCAGCAAGGAACCAACCCUUAUUUGACGUUUCACUGUGUUAGUCAAGGCACUGUUUUGCUGGAUCUUGCGCCAGAUGACAAAGAAUACCAGUCAGUGGAAGAAGAGAUGCAGAACUCUAUCCGUGAGCACAGAGAUGGGGGCAAUGCUGGAGGAGUUUUCAACCGAUAUAAUGUCAUAAGGAUUCAAAAAGUAGUGAACAAGAAGCUCAGAGAGAGGUUUUGUCAUCGCCAAAAAGAAGUGUCUGAAGAAAACCACAACCACCAUAACGAACGGAUGCUUUUUCAUGGUUCUCCAUUUAUUAAUGCAAUCAUUCACAAAGGCUUUGAUGAGCGACAUGCAUACAUUGGGGGAAUGUUCGGAGCUGGUAUCUAUUUUGCAGAAAACUCUUCCAAAAGCAACCAAUAUGUAUACGGCAUAGGUGGUGGAACUGGCUGCCCAACACACAAGGACAGAUCGUGUUAUAUUUGCCAUAGACAAAUGUUAUUCUGCAGAGUGACACUUGGCAAAUCGUUUUUGCAAUUCAGCACAAUGAAAAUGGCCCACGCUCCUCCAGGGCAUCACUCUGUUAUUGGCAGGCCAAGUGUAAAUGGACUAGCAUAUGCAGAAUAUGUCAUCUACAGAGGCGAACAGGCAUACCCGGAAUAUCUCAUAACAUACCAGAUUGUAAAACCAGAUGCACCAUUACAAGCUGCCACAACAGCAGAACAGAAGACUUAGUAUUAUGAGUGGACUCUAUAAAACCAAUAGCUAGAAAUGAAUUGUUACCUGAAUGACUAGGAAACUUUUCCAUAAAAGAAAAAACGGAAAACCUGGAAAUAAAUUAUAAAUUUAAGUAUUACAUUGAUGGUUUGUUCUGGGUAAGGAUGCUCCCAGUUGCUACUGGUCCUCAAAAGGAGAUGUUUACAAGGGGCCACCUUAUAGUAAAGUUUCUCAGGCCCAUUUUCAGUUGGUAAUCUUUGGCAAAAAAA